AUGGCACUCAGUGCGCCUGGAGGCGGGGUCAUCAACCCGGAGGAGGCAGAUAAUUUUGAGGAGAUUGAGAAGCAGUUUGCGGUGAAGGUCGUCGAACACAUGAGCACGUACUGGGCAAUCCUAGAGAAGAUGCCCGGCUCAAAAUUGCGUCUGACCAAGAUGGACGACGACAUACUCCAACACUUCAACCGCCACUUCCCUGACUUUGAUCUCAAAGCGACGAUUAAUGAGGACGACAUGAAAAGCAAGGAGGGCAAGGAGCAGUGGAGGACGUUCGUUAAUGAGUAUGAAGGGAAGGUAGAGGAUUACAACUUCGGGGCAAUGCUGAGAGCGAACUCGACUUGGGAGUACGGCGAGAAGGAGACGAUCUUCGGUAUUCCCAUGAUGGUUUUGAAGUGA